AUGCUCCUCCUCGGCCUCCUCCUGCUGACAUCUGCCCUGGCCGGCCAGAGAACGGGGACUCGGGCUGAGUCCAACCUGAGCAGCAAGUUGCAGCUCUCCAGCGACAAGGAGCAGAACGGAGUGCAAGAUCCCCGGCAUGAGAGAGUUGUCACUAUAUCUGGUAAUGGGAGCAUCCACAGCCCGAAGUUUCCUCAUACUUACCCAAGAAAUAUGGUGCUGGUGUGGAGAUUAGUUGCAGUAGAUGAAAAUGUGCGGAUCCAGCUGACAUUUGAUGAGAGAUUUGGGCUGGAAGACCCAGAAGAUGAUCUAUGCAAGUAUGAUUUUGUGGAAGUUGAGGAGCCCAGUGAUGGAAGUGUUUUAGGACGCUGGUGUGGUUCUGGGACUGUGCCAGGAAAGCAGACUUCAAAAGGAAAUCAUAUCAGGAUAAGAUUUGUAUCUGAUGAGUAUUUUCCAUCUGAACCCGGAUUCUGCAUCCACUACAGUAUUCUCAUGCCACAAGUCACAGAAACCACAAGUCCUUCAGUGUUGCCCCCUUCAGCCUUGUCAUUGGACCUGCUCAAUAAUGCUGUGACGGCCUUCAGUACCUUGGAAGAGCUGAUUCGGUACCUAGAGCCAGAUCGAUGGCAGGUGGACUUGGACAGUCUCUACAAGCCAACAUGGCAGCUUUUGGGCAAAGCUUUCCUGUAUGGGAAAAAAAACAAAGUGGUGAAUCUGAAUCUUCUCAAAGAAGAGGUAAAACUCUACAGCUGCACACCCCGGAACUUCUCAGUCUCCAUACGGGAGGAGCUAAAGAGGACAGAUACCAUAUUCUGGCCAGGUUGUCUCCUGGUCAAGCGCUGUGGAGGAAAUUGUGCCUGUUGUCUCCAUAAUUGCAAUGAAUGUCAGUGUGUCCCACGUAAAGUUACAAAAAAGUAUCAUGAGGUCCUUCAGUUGAGACCGAAAAUUGGAGUCAAGGGAUUGCAUAAGUCGCUCACUGAUGUGGCCCUGGAACACCAUGAAGAAUGUGACUGUGUGUGUAGAGGAAACGCAGGAGGGUAAUUACAACCUCCACAGAGGCACACAUCCGCACUGGCAUUCUGUGUCCCCCACGAGCAACCCUCAAACCCACCAGCGUUGGCCACAGGGCUCUCAGCUGCUGAUGCUGGCUAUGGUAAAAAUCUGUCUCCAUCCAAAAUCUCAGUUGUUCACUCAACAGCCUUCUCCCUGCAGGACUUAAUGUGUCUUCUGAAAGACCCAAGACAACAAGAGGAGUCAGUCAGACAGCACUGCCUUUUAGAGGAAACCCAAACAAUGGAAGAGGUCUUCUGACCACAGAAACAAAUGAAAUGAAUGUCGAUGGCUAGCAAGCUCCAGAGUGACAGCAUUUCUUUUCCACUGACAGCAUGCUAUAGCUUAGUUGUCUUGAUAUGGGCAAGUGACAUCAGCCCAAGAAAAUGAGGAAAAGUGCACACUUGAUGGCGAACGAUGCAGAAGAACUUGGAUUUUUCCCUCAUGUGUGCAUAUAUAGACAGAUGCUCUGUAUUCUACAAACUCAAAGCUUUUAGAGAGCAGCUAUGUUGCUAUGAAUUAAAUGUGCCAUGCUUAUAGGAAAGACUGGAUUUUUUCCAUGCUUGGCAACUUCUCUGCCAUUUGGAAGAAGAGAGGUAUGGUCGUGGUUUGGAGGAAGAACACCUGCACAGAGGACUGGCCUUCCUGUCCCUCUGAGGUGGUUUCUGUGUUUCAUUGUGUACAUUUUUAUAUUCUCCUUUUGACAUUAUAACUGUUGGCUUUUCUAAUCUUGUUAAAUAUUUCUAUUUUUACCAAAGGUAUUUAAUAUUCUUUUUUAUGACAACCUAGAUCAAUUAUUUUUAGCUUGAUAAAUUUUUUUCUAAACAGAAAUUGUUAUAGCCAGAAGAACAAAGAUGAUUGAUAUAAAAUCUUGUUGCUCUGACGAAAACACAUGUAUUUCUUUCUUGUAUGGUGCUAGAGCUUAGAGCCAUCCUUAUUUGAAAACAUGGAAAGGGGAAGUUUUGAGAAUUGGUAGGUCACAGGGACAUUUUGGUAACAACUGAAUUAUCAUCAAUUCCCACUCCUGUUCUUAGACAUACGAAUAAAACAGUGUAUGUGUAAACACUUACAUGGAGUCAUUGCUAGCCUACACCUUUCUGUGGGAAAUAGGAGCAUAGCUCAGAGAAACACACUUUCUGGAAUCCGCAACCACUUCCAGGCACAAUGUUCUGGGCUAUGCUGUGCUGUAAGGACAUAUCCUAUUUAUUUCAAAUGCUAGGGAUUUAUUACCUUUAAACUCUGCUCCAUACACUUGUAUUAAUACAUGAAUAUUUUUAUGUACAGAAGUAUAUCAUUUGAAGAGUUCAUUUAUUGUACUCUUUGGCAAUUGCAAAGAAAAUCAGCAUAAUACAUUGCUUGUAAAAUGCUUAAUCUAUGCCUAAGUUUUGUGGUGUCUAUUUGAAUUAAAAUGUAUUGAAUCAUCAAAUAAAAGAAUCUGGCUAUUUUGGGAA